AUGUGUGAAAACAAGACUUGCCUUACAGCCGAUGUUUUAAAUGAAUUAUUCACCGUUGUCUAUUCUGUACAAAAUUCAUCGCAACGACAACUAGAGAACAGAACAAUAACAUUUUGGAGAGAUUUUCUACAUGAUUGUGAAGAUGGCGACAGCGAAGUAUCAUUGGAAGAUGUAUUGAUAUUCGUCACAGGCACUGACAGUGUGCCGCCGCGGCGCGCCGUUACGAUUUGA